AAACCUUGAAUGUUUUGUACAGACGCUGGCAAUCUCUGUUUGGAUUACAGGACUGCUCUAUUUUUUUUUCUAUUUAACUCGAGUACAAAAAUGCCUUUAAUGUUUUUAUUUUUUCUAUGUAUGACUUUUCUGAAUGGAUUUUCAACUCAAGAUUUUUGCACUGUUAAGGAUAAUACAAAUUGUAGAAAAGACAGUGAAAAGCCCCAGAUUUUGAGAGAUACAUCGAAAAUGUACAAAGAAUACUGGAAAGCAAUUGAAUACGCAGAAUCCACUUACAAUGAAUGUGUAUCAAAAAAUUGUAGCUGUUUUGCUGAAGGGAUUAAAAGAGAUCUAUUACCAUUCAAGGAAAAAGGAAUUGAUGAGGAUCUCAUAGAAUCAUCGAUGUCCAGAGCAACGAUAUAUCAAAUAAUAGGGAAGCAAUUGUACAGGAAUAGAGAGUGCAUGUUUCCCUCGAGAUGUGCAGGUGUUGAGCAUUUUCUUUUCAAAAUCAUCAGUAAUUUGACGGAUACUGAAUUUAUUGUAAACACAAGGGACUAUCCUCAGUCUAACAAGCACUUUGGAACGGCAAUGCCAAUAUUUUCAUUCAGCAAGACAUCCGACUAUUAUGAUAUAAUGUAUCCAGCUUGGUCCUUCUGGGAUGGAGGGCCUGCUAUUUCACUAUAUCCUCGAGGUUUAGGACGAUGGGAUCAGCAUCGAUCUUCUUUGAAUAAAUCCAGCGUGAAAAUUCCUUGGGAUCAGAAGGAAAAUAAAGCAUUCUUCAGAGGCUCUAGAACUAGUCCUGAGAGGGAUAGUCUAGUGUUAUUGGGACGGGCUCAGCCUGAAUUAGUUGAUGCUCAGUAUACGAAGAAUCAAGCUUGGAAAUCAAAUGAAGACACUCUAUACAAACCACCAGCCCCAGAGAUACCUCUGGAGGAUCAUUGUAAAUACAAAUAUUUGUUCAACUAUCGAGGGGUUGCCGCCUCCUUCAGGCAUAAGCAUUUGUUUUUGUGCAAUUCGCUUGUAUUUCACGUUGGGGCUGAGUGGUUGGAGUUUUAUUAUGAUACCAUGAAACCCUGGAUUCAUUACAUUCCAGUUCCAAAGGAGGCCAGUCAGGCAGAUUUGAAAAGACUGAUCAUGUUCGCUAGAGAGAAUGACGACAUGGCAAGAAAAAUAGCUCAAAGGGGUAGAGACUUCAUAUGGAACAAAUUACGAAUGUCAGAUAUUGUUUGUUACUGGAAAAGAAUUCUUCAAGAGUAUUCCAAACUCUUGACGUAUAAACCGAAACUGAGAAACGAUUUAAUAAACAUCAAUAAAAAAUAAUGAA